GCCAACCCGAAAAAGAUGUUUCGAAUUGGACUCAAAUUCGUGCACGGUCUAAAUGGGGUACGUAAAGUAAAAAAACACGGUUACUCUAGACUGUAUCUAACUGCCAGGUACUACGAAACGCGUGCUCGUGUCAAGUGUGAACCGGAGGGAAAGUUUUGCAAGGAUGUUAAACUUACGUCCAGACUUUCUGGACAUAAGUAUUCAACCGAUUCCAAGAGAAGCGAGAAGAGCAGAAGUUCCGGUACAUUGGUAGCUUUAGGAGCCUUAACUAUUGGGACCAUAGGUGUAUUGGCUUUUGCAAAAACUAAUCCAGACUUUCGAGCGACAUUAGAAGGAUGGAUACCAGGAACGGAUAAAACAAUACGAAUCAUCUUUCAGGAAGACUCUAAUUAUUUAGAGUUAAUCCUUACACGUUUAGAUGCUCUGAAGGAGAAAAUAUCAAAUAUAACUUCCAUUUUCUACAAGGGUACAUCGGAAAAAGAAGAAUCAGGUCAGGUUAAUCGAAAAUUAUUAGAUUGCACGAAGUUUGAAGAUUAUAAACCUCCAAAAUCAGCUUUUGUAGAACUGAUAAACAAGAAGGAAUCAUCUACUAAAGAACCUUAUGCUGAAAUUCGAGUAAGCAAAGAAACUAAAGAAAAUCAAGAAGAAAUUCAAGGCGUUACUGAAAAGCCAGCAUCUAAAGAAAUACCAAAAGAAUUAAUGCCGGAAAAUCUCGUCGAGUUGGAAACAUUUUGUGGCCAAACUGCGGCUAAAGCUAUUGCUGCUUAUAAGACAGCAAUAUGUGCAUUACAGGAUUACAAUCGUGAUGUAAUUAAAGUAGUAGAAAGUGUCGAUACAUCGGUACCCUCUAGCAUUUGGAAGAGAUUAAAAGAAGCCACGGAAAAAAGAGAAGAAGCAUUGCGUGAAGCAGAGGAACAUGCUACUAAAGUCUUAGAUUCGCUCAAGCAAAUGUAUUAUUUGAUCGAUGAGCCCAAAUUUGAUGCACCAGCUCAUGUGAAAACUGCGGCAAGGAGAAAUAUCAAAAAAGUGUUGGAUGAUCUUGACGAUGUCAAACAGAAAUUCGAAGAUGAGUUGGAACAUGGAAAUACUGAACGUUAUUGGAAACAAGUGAGAGCGGCUCGAGAGAAAUUUGAGGAAAUUAACAUUUUAUUCCCUAGUAUAAAUAUUCCAAGAAAGAAAUUUUCCGUCAAGGAGGAUGCAUUAUCUUUUCGUUUACACAUGUACAAUACAGUGAUUUAUCUUCAAAAGAAAUUAGCAACAACUACAGUGUAUUUUCUAUUACAGACAAUUCAUACUGCCAAAGUAAAAGCUUGCCUAAAAGCAUCAAAGGGAUGUACGGAUGAGAAAUUAAAUGAAUUAGUAUGCCUAGAAAUUGAAAGAGAAAAACGUAUUCUCGAGGAAAGAAUUCGUAAGAAGCUAUUGGAGGAACAGCAAAAAUUCGACGAGGAGCUAAGACGACAGCUAAAGUUACACUCACAGAUUCAUGCGGAUCAUUUGAAAGAAGCUCUUUUGGUUAAAGAGAAGGAAAUGACCAGAGCGAUGGAACGUGCUCUCAGCGAACAGUCUGAAGAAGAAUCGAUGAAGUACAAGGCUCAGCAAGCUCCGAUCGUUGGCAGGUUACGUGGUUUGGAAGCUGCCCUUAAAGCACGUAUUGAGGAGGAAAAAGGAGCUUCGAAUGCUCAGCUCCUUUGGUCAGCUUGUAUGGCAUUAGCCAGAGCGGUGAAGGUCACGUCAUCCUCGAGUGAACCUACCAUAAGGCCUCUGGAACCUGAAAUUAAGGCCAUUGCUAACGCAGCAUCGAAAGAAGAUCCAUUGGUUGCUGCUGCAAUCGACGGUAUUCCUGUAGAAGCUGCAAAGAGAGGUGUUUAUCCGGAGGAUAUUCUUCGCAAAAAGUUCCUCGAUAUAGAGAAACAAGCGAGAAGAUUAGCGUUGGUACCAGAGGAAGGAGCAGCUCUACCAAUUCAUCUUCUUAGCUAUCUUCAAAGCGUCUUGAUUGUGAACACUGAUAUACCGAAGAGCGAAAUCGAAGACGCUCCUAUUGACGUGAAUUCUCUCAACACGUACGACAUACUCCAACGUGCGAGGUAUUGGGUCGAUCGAGGAGACUUCAAGAUGACUCUACGUUACAUGAAUCUAUUGAAGGGUGCACCCAAAUCCAUUGCCAGAGAGUGGAUGAACGAAACGAGAAUCUUGUUGGAAACUCAACAGGCUAUCGACACUCUGAUGGCAUACGCCGGAGUGACGGGCCUCAUGUUUAUCGGUGGUCCUGACUCGCCCAAGCUAUCGGCCGGACAAAAGUAAAACCGGAUAAAAGUUGGACACGAUCGAAAGCGAGGCCAGAUAAAAUAAAAAAUAUAACCAGAAUGUAUGUAUGAAUGUAUGUACGAUAGAUAGAGAGAGAAAGUGAGAGAGAGAGAAAGAGAGUGAGAGAGAGAGAAAGAGAGAGAGAGAGAGAGAGAGAGAAAGAGAGAAGAAUAAAAGGGUGAAGCAGUGAAUGAACAAAAGAACAAAUUAUCGGCAUCGACUGUCUGCCUUGAAUGGGGUCUAAUUUUAAAGAAAUUAUUCCAUUCAAGGAUAUAUAUUAUUACGAAACGAAGCAAGUACUUCCCUUUGCUAAUUUUCAAAAAAUCGUUUUUCUAUAAUUAAUUCGCGCAAUUUAUACAUGACGCGACUGUUAUAGGAGAAAAUAACGCUUCGUUGAUAACAAUAAAGAAAGAUAUCGUUUAAUAUGCUACGUUAAAGAAACGUUAACGACUAUUUCUAAUUGUUUCUUCGUUGAAUGUCCAGAAUCGAUGUCCAGAAUCGGAUUUUAAAAGAAUAAGAGUAUAAUAAAAAAGAAAUAAGAAGAAAAAAGAAUAAAGUAUUAUUCAUAGGUAAUGCUAACUAAAACCGUGGUCGAAGCGUUAAUACGUUUUUCGUACGGCUAGUCGAAAUAUCUCGAUCGGAAGAUGGUCAAGGUAUAUGAAAUUAAAUAUUGUUAUACACAA